UAGCCAAAAUUUUUAUUCAUUUAAUUAUUUUGGUUUUGUCCUUGGGACUUUUAAACGCGCUUUGCUGACUGCUGACGUAAUCAUCGUGCGCCACGCGGGACCACGUGUCAUCGGCGAGAUCACGGGAGUAAACGAACAGUGACUCUCGGCGGACAGAACACGACUCUGAACCGCCAAUCCGCGGUGUUUGUGGCCGGUGUGAAGAUGGACAGCGUCGGCGAGGGCUGCACGGAGCUCAAGCGCGAGUAUGAAUAGUGUUUUAACCGCUGGUUCUCCGAGGAAUUCCUGAAGGGAGACCGGAGCGCGGAUCCGUGCAGCGAGUUAUUCCGCAAAUAUCACACGUGUGUUCAGAAAGCCAUCCAGCAUAAGGACAUUCCUGUAGAAGGUGUGGAGUUCAUGGGCCCGAACAGAGAGAAAGCGGACAGCUGAUGGCUUGGUUGUCUUGGAUAUGGACUGGGACAGAUGUGUUGGCAUCAUCAGGACGCUCGGACUGCAGCGAUGACCCUUUGAUGGACAGACACUUACCGUUGAGACUGAAACUGAACAUCCAGUGCUUAGCUUGAUAGUGAAUGGUUAUUAGAAAGGAGCAUGCUUGAGCUGUCAGCUUUCUAAACAUGCAGGAGAAUGCAUUGUGCAUCGAAAAGGGUUCAGGUGCGGCCCUUUUCCCUGGAAGCUUGUUACGUAAUUAUUAAAGGUAAUUGCUACAUUUUGUUUCAUUGGUUUUUGCCCUCCUCACAAUUGCAAAUCGGACUUAUAAAUCGGAGUUUAUAUAUUUUGCAAUUAUUUUAGUUUAUAUGUUUUCACUAAAGAAAAAAAAGCUUUCUCUUUUAAUUUUGACUUUUUUUUCUGAAUUCUAAAUUGUUUUUUUCCACCGCAGAAUAUAAAUGGGCAGUUUUGAC